AUGAACACACUUUCGAAUUGUCAAGUUUUGGUCUUUAUCUUCAAAUUUAGCUUGAUUCCUUCUAACAGUGCAGUUGUCCCACCAAGUUACAUUGACGUGACACCAGAGCUGCUGGAAUAUAUGAAAAAUUUUCAGUCUCCAUACAUGAAAGACGUUUCGGCUUUUGAGAGACUGGCUAAGAUCGGAGAGGGCACUUUCGGUGAAGUGUUCAAGGCACGGUGCAAAGACACGGGUCGCAUUGUCACUUUGAAGCAAAUCGAAAUGGAGAGCGAGAAUGAAGGAUUCCCGGCCAAAACACUGCAAGAAGUGAAGAUGAUGCAGAAAUUUAAGUAUAUGCAUAUCAACGAGCUUUUAGAAAUAUGCAGUAGCAAAGAAACAAUAGAUACUCGAGGAUUAUAUACAUUCUACAUGGUGUUUGCCUAUUGCGAACAUGACCUUGCGAGCCUCCUCGCUAACACCAAAAUUCAGCUAUCGCUGGUACAUAUCAAAACAAUGAUGAAACAAUUGUUUAAGGGACUUUACCACAUACAUUCUUUGAACGUCGUCCACAGUGAUUUAAAGGCCUCAAACGUGUUAAUCACGCAGGAAGGAAUACUGAAACUGACGGAUUUGGGUCUUGCGAAGCCACCAUUUUCAAAAUUGCCAGGCCAAAUAGAGCAGGGCCGCACACACCGUGCGGUUACAGUGUGGUACAGUGCUCCAGAACUACUGCUGGGUGCACGUGAUCACAAGGCACCAGAUGAUAUGUGGAGUGCCGGCUGCAUCAUGGCCGAAAUGUGGACACGAACACCUAUCCUACAAGGCGAAAACGAGCAAAAGCAGUUAUCUCUUAUAUCAGAUUUGUGCGGAAGUAUUGAUCCGCAGACAUGCAAAAUAUUCAAAAAUUUGCCACUUUUUGGUAAAAUGGAACUGCAGCAGAAUUUGAAACGAUGU